AUGAGAGUAAUCGAAAUAAUCAUAGACGGCUUCAAGUCGUACGCUGUCCGUACUGUUAUAUCUGGCUGGGACGAGAGCUUCAAUUCAAUUACCGGUCUCAACGGUAGUGGCAAAUCGAAUAUUCUGGAUUCAAUAUGCUUUGUUCUCGGGAUUACCAACAUGAGUACCGUCAGAGCGCAGAAUUUACAGGAUUUAAUCUACAAGCGGGGUCAGGCAGGUGUCACCAAGGCGAGCGUCACCAUCGUUUUCGAUAACAGUGACAAAAAACGAAGUCCCAUUGGGUUUGAGGAACACAACCAAAUAAGCGUUACGAGACAGAUCGUGCUUGGGGGUACAAGCAAGUACCUUAUAAAUGGGCAUCGCGCCCAGCAGCAAACCGUUCAGAAUUUGUUUCAAUCGGUUCAGUUGAACAUCAACAACCCGAACUUCCUCAUUAUGCAAGGAAGAAUUACUAAAGUGCUGAAUAUGAAACCCGAGGAAGUCCUUGCACUCAUCGAAGAAGCUGCGGGCACGAGAAUGUUUGAAGAUAGACGGGACAAAGCCCUUAAAACAAUGGCGAAAAAGGACAAUAAGGUCCAGGAAAUAAACACGUUGUUGCAAGAAGAAAUAGAGCCGAAGCUUGAGAAGCUCAGAUCGGAGAAACGAGCAUUUCUAGACUUUCAGCAAACCCAGUCUGAUCUAGAGAGGCUUUCGAGAGUUGUCAUUGCGCAUGACUAUCUCAAAGGCAAGGAGCGCAUUUCCCGCGCUACGUCCGAUUUCCAGAAGAAGGAAGAUAGGAUCGAUUUUAUUGAGAGUGGGGCCAAGCGGAUGAAACUAGAGAUCAACAAACUCGAAGAAGAUAUCCAAAGAGUAAGGUCUCAGCGAGAUAUGGAACUACGGAAAGGAGGAAGGUUCCAAGAACUAGAGGAAAGGGUAAAAGAGUCCUCACACGAAACAGUCCGCUUGCAAACCCUCUUCGACUUAAAAAAUGUCCAACUCUCAGAAGAGGAAUCGAAGGUCGAUCAGGGCCGAGUCGCGCUGAAUAGUGCCCAGAAUCUUCUCGAAAAUAAAACAAAGGCUUUCGAUGAUCUCAGAGGCGGUCAUGAGGCAGCAAAACAGCACAUUGAACAACUCACCAUGAAUAUGGACAAACAGGAUGAUCUCUUACAGUCGUUGCAAACUGGCGUUGCUGCAAGGGAAGGUCAGCAGUCGGGGUACCAAAGUCAACUCCAAGACGCUAAAAACAGCCUCAGUGCUGCAACUACUGCCCAGGAACAAGCUAGGCUUCGAAUUGCAGAUCUUGAGAAUCGCAUUCGAGAAGAUGAGCCUAGAGCAAAGAAGGCAAUAGAACAGAACGCCGGUCUAUAUCGAAAUUUGGAAACUCUUAAACGUGAGGCCGAUCACAUUCAGAAAAACUUGCAAAGCCUUGGGUACGAAGAAGGCACUGAAGAACGAAUGAAACAAGCCCAGCUGUCUACCCAAUCAAAUAUCCGACAAAUCCAAGAGCAGAUAGAUAAGCUCCGUCGGAAGGUUGCUAGCAUAGAAUUCACAUAUUCUGACCCAGUGGCAAACUUUGAUCGGUCAAAGGUUAAGGGUCUUGUAGCUCAAUUGUUUUCUCUCUCACAGGAUAAGUAUGAAGCGGGAACGGCUUUGGAGAUAUGUGCUGGUGGAAGGCUUUAUAACGUCGUUGUUGAUUCGGAAGUUACGGGUGCUCAGCUGCUUGAGAACGGCCGACUUAGAAAGCGGGUGACGAUCAUACCUUUGAAUAAGAUUAAUGCAUAUCAAGCUGCACAAGAGAGAGUAGAAUCGGCCCACAAACUCGCACCCGGGAAAGUGCACCUCGCGUUAUCUUUGAUUGGGUAUAGUGAAGAAGUUGCGAAGGCAAUGGAAUAUGUAUUCGGCUCUGCACUAGUCUGCGCGAACGCUGAGACGGCACAGCGGGUUACGUUCGAUCCCUCUGUUCGCCUCCUCAGCGUCACAUUGGAUGGAGACGUAUACGACCCCUCCGGAACAUUGUCCGGUGGAAGUGCACCGACAUCUAGUGGGGUUUUGAUUACUCUCCAGGAACUCAAUGUAAUGACACAGCGACUAGAAUCGGAAAAAAUUCAACUUCAAACCAUCCAGGCAAAGAUUGAGGGCGAACGGAAACGUCUAGAUGAAGCAAAGGACUUUGGACAGAAGUUGGACCUUAAGCUUCAUGAGAUCAAAAUCACGGAGGAACAAAUCAACAAUAACUCUUCGUCUAAUAUAAUUCAAGCGGUUAAAGAACGGAGAGGGACCAUAGAAACCCUAAAAAUUGAUAUUGAAAACUAUAAAAAGGCCGAAAUCGAUGCCAUCGGUGAUAUAAAGCGUAUAGGACAAGAUAUGCAAGAUUUCACAAAAAACAAAGACGGGAAGCUUGCCGAACUUCAGAAAUCCGUCGCGGCGGCAAAAUCAGAACUUGGGAGAAAAGUGGAGCAGAUGAAAGCUCUCCAGAAAGAAUAUCAAGGUGCUCGUCUAGAAAUGGAGCAGGCUGGUGGCGAUCUAUCGGCCGCAAAAGAGCAACUCGAGGAAGCCAGCCUAAGUCUUACAUCCCAACAACUUGAAAUACAAAAUCUGGUAGAAGAACAAGCCAGUGUCAAAGCAAGCCACAGAUCGUUGCUCUUAGAGUUAGAGCGAGAGAGGGAUAAACUUAGUGGUUUUGAUGACGAGCUGCAAUCUCUUCAACAGGCGGUGAAGGCCAAAAAUACCAGAAUUGUGGAGGAAGGUCUUGAACUCCAACAACUCAGGCACGAAACUGAGAAAGUUAGGAAGGAGCAAGAAUCUCUGAAACAAGCACUCCAGGCCUUAGAAGACGAAUACGAAUGGAUCCAAGACGAAGAAGAGAACUUCGGGCGUGCAGGAAGCCCCUACGACUUUAAGAACCAAAAUAUACCGGAAUGUAGGGCUUCUUUGAAAAUUAUCAACGAGAGGUUCUUGGGGAUGAAAAAGAAGAUCAACCCAAAGGUUAUGAACAUGAUUGACAGUGUGGAGAAGAAAGAGGUCGCGUUGAAAAGGAUGCUCCAUACCGUUAUUCGUGACAAGGAAAAGAUCACGAAGACUAUAGAGAGCUUAGACGAGUAUAAGCGAGAUGCUCUGAAAAAAACAUGGGAAAAAGUAACAGUUGACUUUGGCCAUAUAUUCUCAGAGUUGUUACCUGGGAGUUUUGCAAAGCUUGAACCUCCAGAAGGCAAGGAUAUUACUGAAGGGCUUGAAGUAAAAGUUUCCCUUGGAAAAGUCUGGAAGCAGAGUUUGACGGAGCUGAGUGGUGGCCAAAGGUCGCUGAUUGCAUUGUCGCUGAUUUUGGCAUUGCUUCAAUUUAAACCCGCUCCCAUGUAUAUUCUGGACGAAGUUGAUGCCGCUCUGGAUCUUUCGCACACCCAGAAUAUUGGCAGACUUAUAAAAACUCGCUUCAAGGGAGCCCAAUUCAUUGUCGUUAGUUUAAAGGACGGAAUGUUCCAAAACGCAAACUGUAUCUUCCGUACACGAUUUCAAGAUGGUACGAGCAUUGUAAUACAAGAAAAAGGGGGGGAACACAAUCGCAAGCGGUAG